UUUACAUUCACUGCAUUGAUUUAGGUGCAUAUAUUUUCCAGCAAAACCACAUGCGAGCAACACAAGAAUACGUCAUCAGUAUGCGACAGAAGGCAUUUUAAACUGCUGGAGGAUUUGACGGAGCUACCAAACUACUCAAAUGCCAAAAUGUUUAUGCCAAGAGCCUUGAAAGUAAAGAGACCUGUUCGGGGACCGGGACAGAUCCCUGUCAAAAAAAGCAAAGUUGAAGAGAGUGACGGGAAAGAUGAAGGCACUUCAGAGACAUCUGUUCUUAAUGAGGAAUCAAAAAUACACGAUUUAACCUUAAAGUCAGGUGGAGACUCAGCUUCAACAGACUGCUUUGUUUCCAGUGGUGUGUCAGAGGAUGAAGAUGAGGACGAGGAUGAGGAUGAGGAGCCUGUCAAAUCAUUCAAAAAGAGCCAGAGAUGGCCUGAGCCAGGGGAACCUGUGUGUGUGAUGUGUGGUCGAUAUGGGGAGUACAUCUGUGACAAAACUGACAAUGAUGUUUGCAGUCUUGAAUGUAAAGCCAUCCAUUUAAAGCAAAUGGGGAUGGGAACUGAUAUUGCUGACCUUCAAAAUGUUAAUGGAGAUCAAAGGACUUCUCAAUCGCAGUCUGCACAGAUCAACCUUGUCACGUUGCGAGAAAGUGUGGCUGAAUAUUCUUAUAAGGAAGAUCCUUUCAUAUCGAAUCUAACAAAUGAACAGGUGCAGCGUAUAAAGCUGGAGCUAGGAAUAGAAACCCAGGGGAGAGAUGUUUGCAGACCCAUUGUUGAGUUUGGUCACUGUGGCUUCCCUGCCAUUCUAACUGGUAACCUGAAGAAAGCUGGCUAUGAGGCACCGACACCAGUCCAGAUGCAGAUGGUGCCUGUUGGUCUCAGUGGAAGGGAUGUGAUUGCCAGUGCUGACACAGGAUCAGGGAAGACUGUGGCCUUCCUGCUCCCCGUGAUAGUGAGAGCACUUGAGAAAUUGACACAGAGCGUGGACAGUCCCACAGCUGUGAUCUUGACACCCACUAGAGAACUUGCCAUUCAGAUAGAACGACAGGCAAAGGAACUGGUGAUUUGCAUUCCCAACAUGAGAACUGCACUACUGGUGGGUGGAAUGCCACUUCCACCACAGCUACAUCGCCUCAAAAGCAACAUCAAAUUCAUCAUAGCCACGCCUGGACGGCUCCUUGAAAUUCUGAGGCAGAAAGCAGUGAAACUGGACAAAGUAAAAGUUGUAGUGGUUGAUGAGGUGGACACCAUGUUGAAGAUGGGCUUCCAGCAGCAGGUCUUUGAGGUCUUGGAACAUGUUUCGGAUGAACACCAGACUCUACUGGUCUCGGCCACUAUUCCAACAGGAACUGAGGAGCUGGCCGCUAGACUUGUCAAAGACCCUGUCCGUAUAACUAUCGGAGAGAAGAACCAGCCCUGUGCCAAUGUCAGGCAGAUUGUGCUGUGGGUAGAGGAGCCUUCAAAGAAGAAAAAGCUGUUUGAGAUUCUUAAUGACAGUAAGCUCUACCAGCCUCCAGUGUUGGUGUUUGUAGACUGUAAAUUGGGGGCAGACCUACUGUGUGAAGCAGUGUCCAAGGUGACAGGUCUCAAUACAGUGGCAAUCCACUCAGACAGGAGCCAAUUGGAACGUAACCGCAUCCUCAGGGGUUUACUGGAUGGAGACUAUGAGGUAGUGGUCAGUACAGGGGUUUUGGGCAGAGGACUGGACCUAGUAAAUGUUAGACUGGUGGUUAACUUUGACAUGCCCAACACUAUGGAUGAGUAUGUACAUCAGGUUGGCAGAGCAGGUCGCCUAGGGCACAGAGGAACGGCCCUUACUUUUCUGAACAACAACAAUAAGCGUUUGUUCCUUGAGGUAGUGAACCGGGUCAAACCAACAGGUUCUAUUCUUCCUCUGCAGCUCCUAAACUCACCCUACCUCCAUGAACAGCAGAGGAGGAAAAAACAAAAGAAUACACUGGGAUCUGAAGAUACAUUAGUGACUAAGAACAAUCUCUUAGACAUAAUAAAAAAACAUGACCGCCGUAAGAAGUAGGGAUAUAUAAUUUUUUCUGUUUAUUCUGUUCUACCAUCUAUUUAUGAAAUGUAUAUUUUGUAAAUUGUUUUUUUUAAAUAAAUGUUAUUUGAACUUCUCAGUCUUUUUUGUUUUUGUUU